AUGAAGGUGGGACGGUACAAAUUCUUCCAACUGUAUAAACGUCACUACAACCAAGAUGUAGAGGACGAUAGGCUAUUGAUUACGGAACUGUGGCAGACAGAGAAGGAUCCAUACGUAAAGGAGUUCAAGGAACGAAGAGACAAACAUAAAGGAGUUUUUCGUGCACUCGGUAUUGAUGAGAUCGAGGUCGAGGAGUGUUUGGAACGACAUGAAAGGACUAUAACUGGUGAAAAUGAUAUGAUUGACAGGCUAAGAUUCCUUGAGGCUCAGAAAACUGACUUUUCUUCCGUUGUAUUGCAAUUCAUCUCGGUUUAUCCGUACACCAUUGCGCUGUCAACUAACAAAGAUGUUUUGGUCUAUCCGGCAGAAAUCGCGAUCACACAUUAUACUCUUGAACAAGGUGUGGGCUCACGCUUCUCAAAACUGAUCAACUUCCAUCCGAGGCUAUUUUAUGGAUCUGGUGUCCCCUAUUGGGACCACGAAAAUGUGGAAAAGAAAGCUAAGUCGUUAGAUGUCUCGUUAAAAGAACCUCAAGGAGCUAGCCCUGAACAAGUUUGGAAGCUUUUGAUGGAACGACGAAGUCCUCGUGCAAUUACUGUUUGCGACGAAAAUGAGAUAUGGCUAGUGGAUCGUGCACUAUAUUUCUUGGCCAGCACGGCAGGACCCGACCAACUUUCUGUACAUAGAGAACUAGUAGCUGGUAUCGUCACCGUGCAAGAUCUGAUUGCUGCUCUCGCAUCUCACCAUACUCGAGUGUCCAAAGAUCCAGCCCAAGACAUCCUUACUCGUGAACGAAUUACUCAAGAGUUCAAGAGAAUGCGAGAAACGACAAGUUGUUGCGCUUAUCACGACAAAAGGCCGCCGAACCAUCAGUCACGUCAACUGUGUCCGGUGGCUAAAACUGCACUGCUUAUCGAUGCGAUUUGUACUCUUUGCAUUUCCGCCAAUCUAGCUAACUUUCGCACACUUUAUAUGCAACACCCAGAACUGCACACAGUUGGAGUCGUUCAAAUGGUUGGUGGAACUAACGAAGAGCAUGGCCUUGACGAAGAAAGAGAGGAUACGCUAGAAGAGACAACAGCAGAGGCUUCUUCUGAGUCAUCAAGUAAAGGCUUCCAGUUAUGGUAUGAAGUGGUGGAUGAUAGUGAGAAGAUUUUCCCUCGCAAACAAACAGUUAACUUCGAUCUCACAGACGUAACGUUGCGCAUGGUUAAUCGGGUUCCUGGGCUGAUGGGGAGUUAUCUUUGA